AUGCCUGAAGUUCGGGAACUGUUCUUCUUCUACUGGGUCAUUAAAGAUUUUAUUGAGUACAGUCAUAGAAAAUCUUUCUCUUUGGAUAUACUUCAGCUAUGGGUUGAUGCUAAAGAGGAGGAGGAGAAUGGUACAAUUGCUCUGCCAGAACAUGUGGUAGAAGUCACUAAGCAAGGAAUGGUCUUUCCUCUGACCAAGUCUAUGGCUCAUCUUACCCGAGGAGAUAAAAUCUAUGCUGUACCUACACUACACCAAACUUUGGAAGGGACUGAGAAGGAGAUGGAUAUUUGUCAAACUGCUGGUCUAGUUCUUCAGAAUGUUUUUAAGCAUCCCAGGCUUGUCUGCUUAGACUUGAAGGAAGUCAUUCUUCAUGCACUCCUAGCGCAUUGCUCUCCCAACAUCUACACUAUCAAUGACUGGUUCGAAACUAUAUGUAAAGUUGAUAAAAAGACUCGUAAAUUCAAGAUCGUACUUGCUUUCCAGUUUGAAAGUCAUGUGCUUGCAUUUUGCUCAUAUGAUAAUAAUGUUAGAGCUUCAAGACAAUCAGCUGAAGAUGAAAUCUGUGACCAUGAUCCCUUGGUGAAUUUCCAUGGUUGGUUGGAAAAACUUGUAACAGCAUUGGAGACAAGGUGGAGGCAGCAGGAAAUGCUCAACUUGAAGCUCCACGGGUCAGGUAGCAAACCAAAGGCCAGGACAAAGAAUGACAAGGAAAUGGAGAUUCUUGCUGAAAUGCAGGAAAAGCGAGAGAAAGCUUUAAAGGCAGUGGAGGAUGCAAAUAACUCGAUACCUGCCAAGAAGACAUCUGCGAAACAAGAGUCUAAAAAAUCAAAACCCUGUAUAUCAUCAAAGAAGAAGACGACAAAGAAGGCAGAAACAAAGGCCAGGCAACAAAAGGAAACAAAGGCGACACCUAGGAGAAGAAAAUUGCCACCAAACAAGAUAAUAAAGUUCCUCAUCCUCUGUUUCAAAGAGAAAGACACCACCCUGAAACCUGAAUUGAAAACGCCAAAGCCAAAGAAGAACUAG